CAUGAACCCAGCAACGUACGACCGCAUACCCAGUACAAACACAUCACUAUGGUCCUCGCCCAGCCGGAAAACAAACAUGUGCUCAAGGCUUUUGACCUUUCCGGCAAAGUUGCAGCUGUAACAGGAGGUGCGCGUGGAAUUGGCCUGGAAGCCUCGAAAGCGUUAGCCGAAGCAGGAGCCAACGUCGCCCUGAUCUAUAAUUCUUCCAAAACGGCCAAGGCAAUCGCAACAGACAUCGCAACCAAGCACAACGUAAAGACAGCCGCAUACCAAGCCGACGUGGCACACCAAGAAGACAUAGAAAAAGCCAUCAAGCAAAUCGCCACAGACUACGGAAAACUAGAUAUCAUCGUCGCAAAUUCGGGAAUCUGUUCCAACAUUCCUGCGGAGGACUAUACUACUGAACAAUGGCAUAAUAUCACGAAGGUCAACUUGGACGGCGCAUUUUAUACUGCGCAAGCCGCGGCGCGGAUCUUCAAGGAGCAGGGACACGGAAAUGUGAUUUUCACAGCGUCUGUUAGUGCAAGUCUGGUGAAUGUGCCUCAGAAACAAGCUGCUUAUAAUGCUUCGAAGGCCGCCGUCGUUCAAAUGGCGAAGUGCCUGUCUGUUGAGUGGGUCGAUUUUUGUCGGGUGAACUGUAUUUCACCUGGAUUUAUCGCGACAGAUAUUCUAGACAUUCAUCCGAAAGAAUGGCGGGAAAAGUGGUUCGACAUGAUUCCGGCCAAGCGCAUGGCUGAGGCUUAUGAGCUCAAGGGUGCGUAUGUGUUUUGUGCUUCUGAUGCGUCGAGCUACAUGACCGGCGCAAAUCUUGUUAUUGAUGGUGGAUACACUCUUCCUUGAGUAGUUACAAUAGUCAUGGAUUCUUGGCUUGGAUGUUAUUUUUAUGCCUUAGUAUGUCCUAGUUGAAGCGCCACUUGUAGCACCGGUGUUUUGGUAUGAUGGCCAGUUGGCUAUGCGAAUAGAUGCUCCUAUUUCC